AGCAUUUCGUGCUUUGAGGUUAUCUCUUCAAGAACUAGACAAGUAUUAUGGAAACAUACCUCAAAUUUGCCACCGCGAAACUCCUUUGUUUUCUGAUUUGAAGUUAACCCAAUCGGAAGAAUCCGAAGAAGCCACAACUUACAAAGCUAUACUUCAAGCGGACAAAAAUGCACAAGAUCAUUUAGUAGUGUACGUGAAAGCUGUUCAGAGAAAAUAUUACUCACUUCAAGCGCAGAAUAUUCUAUAUGAGAAUGGACGACAUGCUCCAGGUAUCAUAGACGCCACAGAUAGGCCUGGAGGUUGGCUUUUGGUCUAUAUGGAACGUCUGCAAAAUCAUGUAACAUUGGAUAAAUUCACCCAUACCCUUGAUAAUAGUGAGCGUGAUACCCUAAAAGCGGAAAUCAUUAGACUAAUCGAUUUUGAAUGGUCAGGAGCUGUUGGAACUGCAUGUUAUUCGCAUUUUAUGAAUCAUAUCGCUAUUCGUUGGCCAGAAGGGGCAGAAGAUGGAAAGAAAGUCACGGUGGAGCACAAUAUCAUGCUGGAGAAGACUUUUCAGAAAACAAAUUUGUCGCAAGAUUCUAUGUUGGUUGAUUAG